UCGAGGUCGAGCCCAGGUAGAUGAUGAAGAGAGUAUGGACGCCACGGAGAAAAACCCCCCCCAGAAGACAGAGAUGAAGGAGAAGACAACAGGACGUCGUCGCUCCACCUCCAGGAGGAAGUCCAACACAAACCCAGAACCUGAUCCCAGUCCAGAACCAGAGACAGAGCCGGACCCCGACCUAGCGCCACCGGCCCCCAGUCCUGCUCCAGCUUCCAGUCCAGAGAAGGAGCCUCCCGUCAGACCCUCUUCCCCAGACCUGAUCCCAGUCCAGAGCCCUGGUCCUGGGGAGGAAGAGGAGGAGGAGGUCCAGCCAAUCCUUAGCCCCGCCCCUGUGGAUCAGAGCCCCGCCCCCUCCAGUACUCCAGCCUCCCCCUGCCCCCCACUGGAGGACGAGGACUCUCUCUCUCCCCUCUUCCAGCUGUCGGACGAAGGGGGAUCGCCCACCCCCAGUUUGGGACACACCAAAAAACGGUGAGACUGUGUGUGU